GGAGGAGGCCCACUUCCGCUGGACGCCGGAAGUGUUUCUCUGCCCCGGCCAGUGGGCCAUGGAGACAGUGGCACGGUAACGUCUGAGUUCUGAGCAUUGCGGGGGCGGCGGCCAUGGAGGCCGUGCUAAACGAGCUGGUGUCUGUGGACGACCUGCUGAAGUUUGAAAAGAAAUUUCAGUCUGAGAAGGCAGCAGGCUCGGUGUCCAAGAGCACGCAGUUUGAGUAUGCCUGGUGCUUGGUGCGGAGCAAGUACAACGAUGACAUCCGUAAAGGCAUUGCACUGCUGGAGGAGCUGCUAACCAAAGGGAGCAAAGAGGAGCAGCGGGACUAUGUCUUCUACCUGGCUGUGGGGAACUACCGGCUCAAGGAAUAUGAAAAGGCCCUAAAGUAUGUGCGAGGGCUGCUGCAGACAGAGCCCCAGAACAACCAGGCCAAGGAACUGGAACGGCUCAUUGACAAGGCCAUGAAGAAAGAUGGACUGGUGGGCAUGGCCAUUGUUGGAGGCAUGGCCCUGGGUGUGGCAGGAGUGGCUGGACUCAUCGGACUUGCUGUAUCCAAAUUCAAAUCCUCCUGAACAAUACUGCACCUGUGCCUCUGCCCAGGGAUACAUGGGAGCCCAUGGCGGACACUUGGAGAGUGGCCCAUCCAUCGUCACUCUCCCUUCUCCUGAACCCCAUCACUGUCCUUUAUGGCUUCAACUUCCUCUCCCCUGAGACCUGUCCUUUAGCCCCAAAUCAUGUGCUUUGGGAUGAAUGUAAAUAAAAUUGGGCUUUGGCUUGCCAA